AUGAAUGAAGAACAAUUUGAAAGACUCAUGAAUGUUUUGGCUGCAGCUCUAGAAGAUGAAUCCAGUCACCCAGAUGAGUAUGGAAUCACACAAAUCAACGAUGUGGAAGAUCUUUACAUAGUAGGACCAGACUCAGACAAAUACAUGGUUACAGUCACUAUCAACAACAAGCCUCAAACAUUUGAAGUAGACUCUGGUGCACGAUUUUCCUUAAUCUCAGAAACGGACUUUGAUAAACUUGGACUUAAAGUGCCACUUCAACCAACUCCUAUCUCAUUUCGCUCCUACUCUGAUCAUAUAAUAAAACCUAAAGGUAAAGUAACUGUCUCAGUCUCUUACAAUGCAAAAUCACUAAAUGCUGGUUUAUUUAUAGUACCUGCAGGUCAUUCUGCUUUGUUAGGACGAAUUUGGAUUCGUGGACUUGGAAUUGAACUCAGUGAGGUAAACAACAGAAAGCAAUCACCGAUGAAUACAGUUGAUGUUAAUUUAGUUCCGUCUCUAGGGGAUAUAUUCGAAAAAUACUCAGCAAUUUUUGAAGAAAGAAUCGGAUGUGUUCCAAAUGUUGAAGUCAAACUCCAACUCAGAGAUAAUGAAAACCCAGUAUUUACUAGGGAACGUGAUGUCCCUUUCGCAUUACGAGAGAGAGUAGAAAAGGAACUUACAACCCUCGAGUCUCAAGGAAUCAUAACUCCAGUCGCAUCAAGUGAUUGGGGGUCACCAUUGGUUGUUAUCCCAAAGCCGGAUGGAGGAGUCAGACUAUGCGUAGAUUACAAGUGUGGGGUUAAUUCAAAACUUGUCUCAUCUAACCACCCCAUUCGACGCAUUGAUGAUGUCCUACAUAGUCUCCGCGGAUCAAGAUACUUCUGCAAGUUGGAUCUUCAUAAGGCUUAUUUGCAUCUAAAAGUCGAUGAAGAGGGAAGUAAGAUUCAAACAAUAUCAACCCAUAAAGGAAUGUUCAACAUGAAUCGUCUCAGUUUUGGAAUAAAAACAGCCCCUUCUGAGUUUAAUCGAAUUUUGUCACAACUGUUAAACGGAUUAUCAAAGGUAGAAGCAUACUUUGAUGAUAUCAUUUGUCACGGUGAAACUCUCGAAGAGUGUAGGAAGAACCUUAUUGCAUGUUUGGAAUGUCUCAAGAAGAAUGAUCUACAUCUUAACAGAACAAAAUGUGUUUUCUUCAAGAAAAGUAUUAAUUACCUUGGACAUGUGGUGUCAUUCAAUAAGAUUCAAAAAUGCCCUAAAAAGGUUGAAGCAGUUACUCAGAUGCCUCGCCCUCGAAAUGUUGAUGAGUUAAGACGCUUUCUUGGCUUAGUUACUUACUAUGCAAAAUUCAUUCCUGACUUCUCUUCAAAAACACAUCCGCUACUAUGUUUGCUUCGGAAAGGAGAAAAAUUCUUUUGGUCAGCUGCUGCUGAAGCCUCAUUUCUGAAUCUGAAAUCUGAACUUUGUGGUGAUACAGUUAUUAUUCCUUUCGACCCAUCAAAACCAGUUAUUCUCACAACAGAUGCUAGCCCAACUGGAAUUGCUGCAAUACUCAGUCAUGAUAUCGAUGGUCAAGAAAGACCAAUUGCAUAUGCAUCCAGAGCAUUGACCCAGGCUGAAACCAAUUACAGCCAACUUGAUAGAGAAGCUCUAGCAAUCAUCUACGCAGUCACCCAUUUUUACAAUUACGUUUUUGGUAAAAAAUUCACUCUCGUCACCGAUAAUGAACCAUUGUCACAUAUCUUUCAUCCAGGACGUGCCCUGCCACGAAUGACAUCAUCUCGCUUAUUGCGUUAUUCUUCAUUCCUCAGUGGUCUUGACUAUACAGUUCGAUGCAAGAGAGGGAAAGAAAAUGAAAACGUGGAUUGUUUGUCUCGAAGCCCAGUUCAAUCAUCAAUUUCAUCUGAACUAACAUUUGACAAAGAAAUAAACACAAUCAAUGCAGAAACCUUACUUCAAAUCUCCAGCACAGUGAUAACCGCAGAAACGAUAAAAGAAGAAACAGCAAAAGACCCUGAGCUUCAAGUUCUUUUGCAUGAACUGAAAAACAGUCGCAAAGAUAGCCCUUACACGAUCUCAGACAACAUACUUUUCCGAUCAGAUCGUGUCGUAAUUCCCAAAUGUCUUCAAAAUCAAAUUCUAAAUGAGCUCCAUGAAUCACACCUCGGAAUUACUAAAAUGAAACAGCUUGCUAGAGGAUAUGUAUAUUGGGAAGGUAUGGACAAAGACAUAGAAAGAUUAGUGAAAAGCAGUGAAGCUUGUGCUAAAGUUCGUCACAAUCCACCAAAAGCUCCGGUACAUCCGUGGGAUCAGCCUGGUGAUAACUGGGAAAGAGUGCAUAUUGAUUAUGCCGGUCCAUUGGAUGGAAAUUAUUUCCUCAUGUGUGUAGAUGCAAAAUCAAAGUGGGCAGAAGUUCGCAUUCUUCGAAAUGCUCCUUCCUCAGCAACGACGAUGGCACUACUUGAAAACAUUUUCUCGGUCCAUGGGUACCCCUCGUUCUUGGUCUCGGACAAUGCCACUAUAUUCAAAAGUGAGGAAUUUAUCAACUACUGUAAAGAACGUGGGAUUUUCCAAAAAUUUACUGCUCCUAACCAUCCUGCAACAAAUGGCCUGGCGGAACGAAACAUACAAACUUUAAAGAGAAGACUUAUUGCUGCUGCCGAUGAUCCAACCCCAAUUACCACAAAGCUACAAAACAUUAUGUUCAGAUAUCGAGCAACACCUUUGGCAUCAGGCAAGACUCCAGCAGAGUUGUAUUUGAACAGGAAGAUUCGGAUUAGACUUGACACACUUCUCCCUAACCCAAAGGCAAAGCUUCCAUCAAAAUCGAUUGCUCCUCUUUGCGUCCGCUCUCUUAAAGUGGGGGAGAGGGUUCAGGCAAGAGUUCACCUGGGAAAUAAAGACAUAUGGCAGUUUGGUACAGUCAAGAGAAAAUUAGGUCAAUACCAUUACAUUGUUGAAUUGGAUUCUGGACGAAGUUUAAAACGACACAUAAAUCAAUUGAUUUUGACUCUUGUAUCCAAGAAGAAAGUUACCUUUACAACACAAAACAAACAAGAUAGUUCUGUUGUUCCAAGAAGGAUUCCUAUUAUAGACUGUCAAGCACCACCACAAGAGAUCCAUCCAGAGUCUGAAUCAAAUACAAACAAUCCAACAGAACUAGACGGUACUCUAAGGGAAGAAAAUCUAGACAGACCUCAAGCCACAGAACAAAAAGAAAACAAAUUAACUCGUCCUUCCAGACAGCGCAAGGUUCCGUCCUAUCUUAAGGACUCUGGAAGCUCUCCAGCGAUUAAGUGGGGGAGAAUGUUAUGA